GAACAGCGCGGCCGCUCGCCUCAGGCCCCCGGAGCAGGCCCGGGGCCGGCGCCGUCCCGACGUGGCGAGACGAGGGGCCGCGGCGCACCGGGAAGCAGCCGGUGGGACCGAGGCACCCGUGGGUCCGCUCUCCUCACUCGGCCCGCCGGUGCCAGGUUACCGGGACUCCGUUUGUUUGGGGUUUUGGUUGGUCCUUUGUUGGUUUUUUCGGGUUGUGGUUUUUCUUUUUCCAGAGGGGAGCGUGUUAUUACAAAAGCAUCUUCUGCCUUUGCUGAGCAGAAGAGCCCCGCCAGGGGAGCGGGCCAGCCUGGUGUGAGGAGAUGCAGCGCUGCGAGAGGCUACAAAAAAUAUCAAACGGUGGAAAUAGGCAUCGGAAAACAAAAAGACCCUUUGCCACGUACAGCGGCUCCCCCGUGGUAGCUGGAUGUAACUGAGAUGGGGGUCCUCUCGUGUGCGACCCGUCUUUUAAACGGGCUUGCUAAAGGUAUUUAAAGGUAGGCCGCGGUGGCUUUUAGGGUGUAGAAGAACUCAUGAAUGUUUCAUCUGUUCGUUUUUUCUUCCUGUGUGUUCCCAGAGUGGUUCUGGGGAGGGUCCCCUGCCUUCUCCUGGGUAUCUCCCAUCAGGGAGCCCUUAUCGAGACGUCUGGAGGUGUUGAGACGUGCUGCUUCCUCUCCUUCACAAACCACCUGCAGUUGUGUUGCUACCUAAAAGUGAUACUGUAAAACUUUCUGAGAGCAGGCUCCCAUCUCUGAGGUUACAACGUGUAUUCAGUUACUUGUGCCUGAGCCUAACCUGAAUUUCUUGCGGUUUCAGGAGGAAUGAAAGCCUUCAAGGCAGUUCAGCAGACAGCGGUGGUGUUUGACCUCAGUGGGCUUGCAUGAGCAUUUACAAAUCGUGGGACGGGGGAGAGGCAGCGCAGCCCCAUCCCGUUUCCCAUCGGUGGGGUACCCAUGCAGCUCUGCAAAGAACUGGGUUGCCUUGCAUAGCCUGGCUGCGUACAUGUGCCUGCAUUAGCGCUUUUGUGCAACUAUUCAUGACUUUAGAAAGGAUCGGCAGCUUAUUUGGGUGGUGUGAGGAUGGGAUGUGUUAAAGACCCUUAGAUAAAGGGAUGUAGUGUGCCUCCAGACUGGAUAGAGCCAUGAGCGAUCUGGGCUGACCCUGCCUGGAGGUGGAGGUUGGACUGGAGAGAGGUACCUUCCGACAUGAAUUGUCCUGUGCAGGGUGCUACCAUUGUGAUCAUGCAGCUUGAAGGGGUGGCCAGCAGGAACUCUGCUUGCAGGGUAGAUGUAAGCAGUGAUUCAUUUGGGUGCAGUAGUCACUGAAUUGGCCAGAAAAGACUGACAAAAAAUUAGCACUGCUCUUUCCAAGAGCAGCAGAUGGAUGUGCAGGCUGUUUCCAUCGCCUGCUGUAGGGCUUGCAUGUGGCUGGGCUCUUCUGGCACUGCCCGGGCACAGCAGCCCUGUGUCCUGGUAAGCAGCAGGGCUGUGUGUGGGUGCUCUUCCUCGCUCAGAGGUCUGUCUGUCCUGAGGAAGCAUGGCCAGCUUGAGUGAGCUUGUUGUGAGGUUUGUCCUGCUCACAAAGGUGUGGCAUGAAACUAGAGUGGGUUUCUGACGUCUUUGCCUGUGGAUAUCAGCGUGGCUUGCUCUUUCACCUUGGUUUUCCUUUUCAAAGGAGUUGGGGUGGUGGGUUUGUAAGAGCUUCAACAUUCCUGAUCCGACACCGUUGUUGCGUUGGCAGGAGGCAAAGGGCAGUACUUGGGGCAUCUCACUGCCUUGGAGCUGAGAAAGAGGAGUCCAUCAGGUCUUUACUCCACUGUGUGUGGGUGUCAUCUCCCCUGCUCAGCCCCUUCAGAAAAUCCUGCUCAUGUGUGGGGCAGUGUGAAGACUGGGUGAACUUACACCGUGGGGAAGUGCCGCUGAUGGUUUGGGUGCUGAUGGCCCGCUGCAAGCGGAGAGCUGGGUGCUAAGUUGCUGAUGAAGCCUCUCUGGCUCGAUGCAAGAACCUGUCAGGCCGGCGUCUGGCUUGGGCAGCGCAUUCAUAAAGUGCGCAAUGGCCACAUCAAGCGAAUUACCGACAAUGACAUUCAGUCGCUGGUGCUGGAGAUUGAAGGAACUAAUGUCAGUACCACGUACAUCACGUGCCCUGCUGACCCAAAGAAGACCCUGGGUAUCAAACUACCUUUCCUAGUGAUGAUCAUCAAGAACCUGAAGAAGUACUUCACUUUUGAAGUGCAGGUGCUGGAUGAUAAGAACGUACGACGGCGUUUCCGGGCGAGUAACUACCAGAGCACAACUCGGGUGAAGCCCUUUAUCUGCACCAUGCCCAUGCGGCUGGAUGAUGGCUGGAACCAAAUCCAGUUCAACUUGUCAGACUUCACGCGCCGGGCUUAUGGGACAAAUUACAUCGAGACCCUGAGAGUUCAGAUCCACGCCAACUGUCGCAUCCGACGGGUGUACUUCUCUGACCGGCUCUACUCGGAGGAUGAGCUCCCAGCUGAGUUCAAGCUGUAUUUGCCUGUCCAGAACAAGGCCAAGCAAUAACACCACAUUGAGAAGAAAUGCAAGAAAUGUUUGGGGUCAGUAGGAAAACAAAAGCAGGUGGAAGAGAGGCCCUGCCGAGACCAAGUUUUAGAUCAGCUCACCUUGCCUAGGAUAACUGUGAUUCAUCUGGUAUCCCUCUUCUGGACAGGACACAAUUAACCAUGUAACGGGUCUGGGACUAUGUUGUUGGUGUGCAAGUUGUACAGAAUCAGAGUUUUCCUAGCUGUUCCUAAAGUGCUGAGCCCAAACACCGCAAGUGAUGUGGUACGUGAUCUUGUGUUGCACAGAGGGGUUGCUCAAAGCGGUCACUGUGCCUCUGAAGAAGGGAUUCAGCAGGAAUUACGGGGUUAAGUGUGCCCUCUUGAAGAUACCAAUUAUAUUUUUUCUUUCCUUGUUUUCCAUCUCUUAUUUUAUAUAUACUCUAAAUAUGGAUGUAAUACUCGCUCUUGAAAAGCUAUUAAACAUUUGACUCUGUAA